AUGGCAUCAGUUCAAGUUUAUCUCCCGACCGAGAGAAUUUAAGCGAGACUCAUAGAAACAAAGAUACUUAUUCAAUUCCGAUCGGCUGCACAAUGAAGUUACUCGUCGCUCUCGUGGCCGCUUUUACCGUUUGCGCUUUCCACGCUUCCGCAGCGGUUAUCCCGGAACACGUUUACGACGGUUCCAUCCAAGGAACGUACGACCAAGAGAUAAAACUUGAGGACGUCGAUACGAACGAAGGGCUGUUCGUCGAAAAUGGGAAUUCACCCGCCAGACAUCGUCGUUUUACUUGCGACGUUUUGUCCGUUGCCACGAAAUGGAUAACGAUAAAUCACGCCGCAUGCGCCGCGAGAUGCAUUGCCCAAAAACACAAGGGAGGCUCUUGCAAGGGUGGAGUUUGCCAUUGCCGCGGUUAAACGCAAAUUACACAAAUCCCUCCGACGCCAAAGAAUCGCAGCAUAAUCCAGCUUAAUUCCUGCUGUUGUUUCACUUGUAAUAGUUUUAGGACAAUGCGCCAUCGCAAUGCAGAUACGACAUAAGCAAUCUAUUUAAAAGCAUGUUCAACAUUUGAUCUCGAUAGAAAGAAAAAAAACAAAAACAAAAAAUAUAUCUAUAUAUUUUCUUUAA